UCGAGCAUGAUCGACAGUCCAACCCCUUCAUCUCGAGAAGUCAAAGAGAAAUCUCCUCUCUGUCGAGCAGAGUCUGCAUAUGCAUCCAGUACACAUUCAGUGUGGAGAACAAUAUGGGUGGCAGCAAUGUGUGGCCUCUUGUUCGGCUGGUGUGUGCAGAAAAGCAAUGUCUACAUACCACAAGUCAUAUUCCGUCAGAUGAAAAUGGAGCAGUUUACUAUGAUAAAAAUAUUUCUCUCAGCAGUUGCAGCCAGUCAGGUUGCACUUGUUGUUCUCUCGAUCACUCGAAAGGGAGACUUUACAUCGAGUUGUGUGGCAUACGAUGGAAGUGGGCCACAUGGGAUUUUGUCGACUGCUGUAGGAGCGAUUCUACUUGGAGCAGGGAUGGCUCUUUCAGGUGCAUGUCCUGGUAUGGUCAUGGCUCAGAUAGGAACAGGACUUCGAUAUUCUGGUGUGAUCCUAGCUGGUGGUCUGGUUGGUUGUAUUGUGUACGUUCUUCUGGAGCCGAUUCUAUCAAAACACGUCCAAUCAAUAUGGACUCUAUGCUCAGAGAAACAAAGACUGUCCACGUGGCUUGAUGUUGCCUACUGGAAACUUGCUGUUGUUGUAGUAGUCGGUUUGCUAAGUGUAAUCACAACCUUGGAGGUGUUCUUGCCUUAUACAAUCGACUACCCAUAUCCGGACUUCUACUGGACCACAAACGGCACUCAUUCAAUAAACAAGAUACUUCAACCGGUCGUCGUACUCUCCGACUUCACAUGGCCGCCUUAUGUGUGUGGCACAAUCAUCGGCCUGCUUCAAAUUCCACUCGUGCUUGGACUACAGGACACUCUGGGUUCAUCAUCAGCAUGGGUCACGUUUGUUGCAAAUAUUGUCUACAUGAUUGCACCAUCAGUUGCCAAAAAAUCAGACUACCUGAUGAGAAGUAAAGACGGACCAGGAAACCACUGGCAGGUAUUAUACCUCACGAUGGUCGCAAUUGGUGCCAUGCUGAGCGCACUUUCAUCAAACAUGCUCAUCAACCCCAACCCACCGAUUGAGAGUUUCAACCCGAUCCGAUCGUUCUUUGGUGGAUUCCUCAUGUUGUUCGGUGCUCGAAUGGCGGGUGGAUGUACAAGUGGGCACGGAAUAUCCGGGUUCGGUUUGCUCUACACCAACUCUAUAAUCACAGUCGCGUUCAUUUUUGUUGGUGGGAUCUUCACAGCGUUUGCGAUGGACGACUUCACGUACGGCAGUAGUUUCUUCCGAGUACCUUAGCCGGACACAUCGUGUGGCUACACAACUUUAUCACAAACAAUAUUUAAUUUAUUAACCAUCAGUCGGUAUACUUGGUACAUAAGUUAUGCAUAAAACUUAGAAAGUGUCCCUACUGCCGUAGAAGGUGGUAUAUAAAACAA